UGAGGGGGGUUUCCCGAAAUUUAUCAAAAUGGCCGACAACAUGGACGCUGUUGAUCAAGAGAUCGAACAAGAAGAUCUCGCAAAUGCAACUCCCAAAGUUAAAAAACACGAUAGUGGGGCGGCCGAUCUUGAAAGAGUUACAGACUAUGCCGAAGAAGCUGAAAUAUCAUCUGCUUUAACAGUUGCAGCAAUUGCAGCUUUGGACGAUAAAUUGGCAAAGGAAAAAAAGGCAAAGGCAGAAAGAGAAAAAGAACUUGCUAAAGUUGUCAUAAGGAAAGAGGAUGUUGAUUUAAUAGUGAAUGAGCUUGAAAUUUCCCGUCCAGCAGCUGAGAAGAGUCUAAGAGAGCACAAGGGGCACCUGGUGUCAUCCCUCAUUACACUCACCAACUGAAACCACUCUGGGAAUGAUCGAGUGAAAUCACAGUAGAGUAAACAGUGACGACUUAACUGUUGAUGUUGGCCAAACACAUCUGGCACUAAAACUAUAUAGCAUAAUCAUAUGACAACAAGCACACACCUAUCAGAGGAAGUCUUAUGUUUGAUUAGUCCUUGUUUGCUGAAGAAGGGCAUUUGUUUGAUGUGAUAUGUUCAAAACAAGUCAUAUGAAACAUUCUUUAAAAUAAUACUCUAGAAUUUGCCAGCAUGUAGAUAUAUGAAGCUUGCCAUCCCAGAACCAGCAUACUGUCACUAAAUGAAAUUAAACUAAUUAAACUGAUUAAUUGGCGUAAGAAUGUGGCAUUAUUGUAUACUUUAGUACAGAGAAGCUGUAAUACAUUUUACUCACAACUUUGGCAAUAAUACAUAGAUUCCCGUAAAUGACCUAUCAUUUUAAAGAGAAAAGUAUAAUGUGGAAAAUAUGAAUUGGUCACUGAUGCUGUUUUUGCAUGGCAAGCCCCAUAUGCCACCAUUCUAGAACAUUGAUUUAAUACUACUGUACUGUGUUAAAUUAUGCCUUGUAGUAGAAGUCCUGAACCAGCAUUGUUGCUGUAUAUAUACUCAAAUGUGAUGGAGUUGUGCUUAUUCCAAUUAUACAAUGAUUAAUAAAUGUUCCAAUACACAUGCAAUUUGGCAUAUAUGCAAUUAGCCACCAGUUGUGGAUCGCUGAUGUAAAGGAUAUAUAAAACAUAAAACAAAAUAAGGAUAUUGUGCGUAAAUGCAUUUUCCCAGGUAGCAGUAGCAUAUAUAGUAUAUUAGACAAGCACACAGAUUUGAAAUUUUGGUAAAGCUUCAUAAAAGAUGUUUUAUGUGACUAAAAAACUACUUUAAAAAUGUUAAUAAAUUUGAAAUUCCUAUUGCUUUUAAGUUAUUGCUGAACAUACAGUAUAAGCAUACAAGUUUAAAAUAAACAAAUGAAAUAUUAA